AUGAGGUGCCUUCGCCAGUUGGCGAGUAUCUUCCGUUUCGGUUGCAAUAAGGGUAACAAGGACACGGAAGUCCUCAGGUACAAAAGCACCAAGCCGGGGAAAGCAUUGAAGCCUGGUACAGAGUUGCGCAUCCUCUGCGUGGGGGACUCAAUAACAGUCGGCUUCCUCAGCGACCAAGAUGGCGGCGACGGAAACGGGUACAGACUGAGGUUGCUUGAUGAUCUGUCCCAGGACCAGGUCGUAUUCGCUGGGACAGAGACAGCUGGUACGAUGAAAGACGGCUACUUUGCGGCCUGGUCAGGCAAGACAAUCCAAUUCAUCACGGAUAACGUGGGACCAUCGCUCACCCAGAGACCGAACAUCGUCUUGGUCCACGCGGGUACCAACGAUAUGAAUUCAAGUAAUGCGAUCUCCACCGAAGGGAAUGACCCGGCCGCCGCCGCAGAGCGCCUCGGUCUGCUCGUCGACAAGAUUACGGACGCCUGUCCCGACGCAGUCGUCCUAGUCGCCAUGAUCAUCGGCACCUGGGAUCAGGCCCAGGCGCACAGGACCCGCCAGUUCGACGCGCUAAUCCCUGGCUUGGUGAGACAGCGACGUGACGCGGGCAGGCGGAUGUUGGCGGUGGAUUUCACGUCUUUUUCAAGUAAGCUCCUGCGAGAUGGUGUGCAUCCUACCAAUGAAGGUUAUCAUGUGUUUGGGGACUAUUGGUAUGACUUUGUUACUCAGAUCCCGGUUGAGUGGAUUCAGCCUCCAGUUGGCAACGAUCCGGACCGCUGGUGA